AUGCGUUCCUCAACCACUUUUAUCACUACCGCCUUUAUUGCGAUGCAAGCUAUCGGUAUUACGGCCACAGAGUGUGUCGAGCGGCGGUACACCCAGUAUAUCUAG